CAAAAAUGUCACUCGAUGACUUUAAAGUCCUCAAGAAGCUCGGAGUUGGCUCCUACAGUAACGUUUACAAGAUCGUUCGCAAGUCAGACAAUCUUGUGUAUGCCCUUAAAAAGAUCAAAAUGUCUGGACUUUCAGCGAAGGAGAAGGAGAACUCACUGAAUGAAGUCAGAAUUCUUGCAUCGAUCAGCCAUCCCCAUAUAAUUUCAUAUAAAGAAGCCUUCAUCGACGAAGCUAGUUCAAGUCUCUGAAUUGUGAUGGAGUACGCUGACGAUGGCGACCUCUUCAUGAAAAUAGUUAAAAAUCAGGAGGAAGGAAAACUUUUCAAAGAAAGUUUUAUAUUUGACGUCUUCAUUCAGGUGGUUAAGGGCCUCUAAAAGCUCUUCAUGAUAUGAAAAUUAUGCAUAGAGACCUGAAGAGUGCCAACGUAUUCUUGUACAAAGAUGGCACUGCGAAAUUAGGCGAUCUUAAUGUGAGUAAAAUCAUGAAAUCAGGCCUUGGAUAUACACAGACAGGUACUCCUUACUAUGCCAGUCCUGAGGUCUGGAAGGAUAAACCAUAUGAUAUCAAAAGUGAUAUCUGGUCUCUUGGAUGAGUCUUGUAUGAAGCAGCUACUUUGAAGCCUCCUUUUAGGGCUGAGGACAUGCAAUCCUUGUACAAAGUUGUAUUGAAAGGUGUCUAUCCAAGAAUUUCAAACAAAUAUUCUGAAGAUUUGCAUAAUGUGAUAGAGGCUUUGAUACAACUGAAGCCUAAAAAUAGACCUACUUGAAAAGAAAUUUUAGAAUUUGAACCUAUUGCUCUUAGAGAUAAAGGGAAAUAUAUCCAAACUGAGGAGGAAGAGGAUCAGAACGACCAAAAUAUUUUACUUCAAACCAUCUAUGUUCCCAAAAACCUGAUGUUUUUAACAGACAACUUACCUAAGUCACAAUAUGAGACUUCCAAGGCAUCAUCACAGAAACAUGAGAGCAUCAAAAAGCCUUUCAAGAUUAAGGGAGUUGAAAAGGCAAGACUUUCUCCAAGUAAGCGAAUGAAGGCUCUUGCUAAGGACCUGGUGCUACCAGAUAUUCUCAAGAAGGAUGCAGCUCUCAGCAAAUUAUCUGAUUACUCCAAUCAUGAGACUGAAGGCAAAACUAUAGAAAUAAUCCCCAAAACUACUAAGGCUGAAAUAAUCAACAGAGAAAGGAUAGCAGGGCAUCAUUCUAAAAACCGCAAGAAGAUGGGAAAAUUAGUUGACAUAGAGCGGAGCCAAGGCCCUUCAGCACUGUCUAAGAAUAUCUAUGAUCUGAGGGGUGUAUCAAGGUCCCGGAUAAAAUAACUUGUCUAAAAACUCCCUUUCAUAUACAAAGUCAGUACAUAAUGAGUCCGUUAAGUCGACCUAUGAUUGUAGAAAUAUGAACCAUUCGCCUUCAAUAGAGAGCUUGAAGAACAGGGACAGAAGCCCAAUUUUGGUGAACAAACUAAGCAGCGCAGAACGGAUAGCAUCACAGCUGUCUGAUUAUAAUAAUUCUAUCGAGCCAAAAGUGUAUGAUAAUAACAGAUCUGCUCUCUUAAAGGAUGUUGCUCCUAUUGGAAAGCGUAAAAAUACCGUGUUCAAGAUAAAGAAUAACUCUAUUGAGUAUAACCUGAAUAGACGGCUUGGAAAGCCUUCCUCGAAUUAUUUGUACAGCCUCCACCAGAAGGAGUACGAUUAUUCGAUAAUUUCCUAAGAACGCGAAGAAGGCUAAAAAUCAAGAGAGGCCUAUCAGGAUGCCUAAUAAGAUCACACUUAACGAUCCCAAAAGUCUGAUGAAGAGCAAUCGCAGUAUUCUUCCAGACUUGUUCGUCAAGCCUAAUAGAGUAGGCAAUUUAAAAAUGUACUCAAAGAAUAUGAAGAAAGGAAUGAAUUAUAAAGAUCCACAGGCUAGAUACAAGAGCACGAAUCAACGGAUCAGUAGUCUUCACCCUUCUAACAAGAUUAAGCUCCGACGUCCACACAAUCUGAAAUAAAUAGUAACUUCAAUAU